ACCAAUCUCAAAAAGCAAGGCGUCCUUCCAUUGACUUUCUCCGACCCCAAAAAUUACGACAAAAUCCAACCGACGGACAGAAUAUCAUUACUCGAACUCAAGAGUUUAUCGCCGGGAAAGACAGUUAAAUGCGAACUCAAACAUAAGGACGGAUCAAAAGAUGUGAUUGAAUUGAAGCACACAUUGAAUGACUUACAGAUCCAGUGGUUUAAAGCCGGCAGUGCUCUCAACAGAAUGGCUGAACUUAAGAAAUAAAAUCAUUUAUAUUUUAUUUUAUAAAUACUACUAGUUACUUUAAUAACAUUUAAUCGAUAGUUAAUAAAAAUAAAUGACAUUUGAAUGCAUGAAAGCAAAA